UUUGAAAUGGUCUCAGAGGAUGAGGAUGGAAAAGUAAUGUUUAAGGUCAACUACCACUACAUGUCUCAGGUGAAGAAUGCCAGCGAUACAAACAGUGCAGCCCGAUCCCGCCGCCUCGCCCAGGAGGCCGUCACCUUGUCCACCUCUCUGCCCUUGUCAUCCUCUUCCAGUGUCUUCGUCCGCUGUGAUGAGGAGAGACUGGACAUCAUGAAGGUUCUCAUCACAGGACCAGCCGACACCCCGUAUGCCAAUGGCUGCUUUGAGUUUGAUGUGUAUUUUCCCCAAGACUAUCCCAACUCGCCUCCUCUGGUCAACCUGGAGACCACCGGUGGACACAGUGUGCGCUUUAAUCCUAACCUCUACAAUGAUGGCAAAGUAUGUUUAAGUAUCCUCAACACAUGGCAUGGGAGACCAGAGGAGAAAUGGAACCCACAGACCUCAAGCUUUUUACAGGUGCUAGUGUCGGUGCAGUCCCUCAUUCUGGUGGCCGAGCCCUACUUCAAUGAACCAGGGUAUGAACGCUCCCGUGGGACCCCCAGUGGCACCCAGAGCUCACGGGAAUACGAUGGAAACAUCCGGCAGGCCUCUGUCAAAUGGGCCAUGCUGGAGCAGAUGCGCAACCCCUCACCAUGCUUCAAAGAGGUGAUCCACAAACACUUUUACCUGAAGCGAACAGAGAUCAUGUCUCAGUGUGAGGAGUGGAUCGCUGACAUUCAGCAGUACAGCAGCGACAAGAGGGUCGGCCGUACCAUGUCCCAUCAUGCUGCUGCUCUAAAGAGACACACGGCUCAGCUCAGAGAGGAGCUUCUGAAGCUGCCAUGCCCCGACGGUAUGGAGCCCGAUGGCGACGAGUUCUCAGAGCGGAGCGCUGCCCUCAUCCUCAAAGAGCUUCCCAGUCAGGACGCAGAAAAGCCGUGCGGCAGUCAGGAGAGCCACUGCAGUGAGGGCCAGCUAUGAGUCCCCGCCCUGCUUCCCUCCCCCCCAGCAUCUCCAUCCCUCCCCUCCUCACCCUUAUGAUUAUUACUCUCAAAAAGACUCGAUGGCUUUAGAGCACAAGCCUCUACUUUGUCAAUAUUUGUAUGUAAAGAUCUAAUAGCAGAAUAGCAGAGAAUGAGGGGAUGUGGGAACCAGAACGUGACGAAAUGAACUCUGAACUAUGCUUAUUGAAAACAGUCGACAAAAACUUUUAUUUACUUGUAAAAGAGUGUAACAUUUUGUGCUUUUUUCCAAUUGUGAAAUAACCACUGAUUGGUAUGUUAUUAAACUUGUUUAUGUAUACAUAAUGGCAGAGGAAAAUUACAGAUUAUAUAAGGGAAACUACCUUUAGAGAAGAAUGUUUACUGAAUGUUAAUUUUCUUUUUUUGUUUUUUCUUUUUGACUGUUAGUGAGAGAACAGUUGUAACCAAGGAUAUAUUGGUCAUUCUUUAAGGAUACUAUUUAAAAAAACGAGAGAAAAAGAAAACACUCGUAACAGAAUCUGAGAUAUAAAGCCCUUCCAGUUGCUUCAGUUGAUUUCUCUAGGAUCAUAUUCACUUGAAUAAAGGCUGAGAUAGUCAUUCUUAAAUGCUAUGUUAUCCCUUUUACAGGCUCCAGAUUAAAAAGCACCAUGCUCUGGAUAAACAUUUGUUGCCUCUCAGAACUUCUCCAUGACCUUUUUCCAUUGACAUGACUGUAGAUCGUAAGACUGUGUCAGAGCCACAUGGGAAAUGUAUUUUGAAGGCUUGUGCAUGUGUAUGUGUGUUUUCUGUGCGUGUGCAACAAUCCCCAGUGAGAUAAAAAGCUGUGAUGUGCCUUUGAUCUACACCAUACCACCAAAUACUCCAACAGAGUACCUUUACUGAUUUCUUUGCUAUUUCUAUAAAAUAAUAAUUCUGCUCCGUCUGACAUAAAAUCUGCUUUGAUCUUUUUUAUUAUGUUGAACUCCAGUGAACAAAAAAUGCACUUUCUAUUUUACUCACUCCUUAGAACAGUCACAUACUCCUUUUGCUAGGACAUUAAAUGGAGUUUGAAAGUA